AGAGCCAGCCGAACAGCAGAGGCAGUGGCAGUCUGAGAGGCAGGCAGAGCAGCCCCGGCAGCAGAGCUGGAUCGGGGUGUUGAGUCCAGGUGGAGUCAGGAACGGGCCAUUGCUCUUGGUCCCUUUGCCUGCUGGGGGUGCCCCAUCCAGAACUUAAGGCAGGGAGGACAGGGAGAGGUGCCACCUUAGUCUGGCUGGGGAGGCAGAUGAUGAGGAGUGAUGGGGCAGGCAUGCGGCCACUCCAUCCUCUGCAGGAGCCAGCAGUACCCGGCAGCGCGACCGGCUGAACCGCGGGGCCAGCAGGUCUUCCUCAAGCCGGACGAGCCGCCACCACCGCAGCCAUGCGCCGACAGCCUGCAGGAUGCUUUGCUGAGCUUGGGUGCCAUCAUCGAUGUUGCGGGUCUGCGACAGGCUGCCAAGGAUGCCCUCUCAGCUGUGCUCCCCAGAGUGGAGACUGUCUACACCUAUCUAUUGGAUGGGGAGUCCCGGCUGGUUUGUGAGGACCCCCCACAUGAGCUGCCACAGGAAGGAAAAGUCCGAGAGGCUGUGAUUUCUCAGAAGCGACUGAGCUGCAAUGGACUGGACCCCUCGGACCUACCAGGGAAGCCCUUGGCCAGGCUGGUGGCUCCGCUGGCUCCUGACACCCAAGUGCUGGUCAUACCCCUGCUGGACAAGGAGGCUGGAACUGUGGCAGCUGUGAUCUUGGUGCACUGUGGCCAGCUGAGUGACAGUGAGGAGAGGAGUCUGCAGGUGGUAGAGAAGCAUACCCUUGUGGCCCUGCGGAGGGUGCAGGCCCUGCAGCAGCGCGGGCUCGGUGCGGCUCCUGGAGCGGUUCAGAAUUCCCCGGAAGGGUCCAAGGAAGAUCAGAAGGUUGGGGAGAAGUACACCGACCGUGACCAAAAGAUCCUGCAACUGUGCGGGGAACUCUACGACCUGGAUGCCACUUCCCUGCAGCUCAAAGUCCUCCGAUAUCUGCAGCAGGAGACCCAGGCAUCCCGCUGCUGCCUCCUGCUAGUGUCAGAGGACAAUCUGCAGCUUUCCUGCAAGGUCAUUGGAGAUAAAGUGCUGGGGGAAGAGAUCAGCUUUCCUUUGACCAUGGGACGCCUGGGCCAGGUGGUGGAAGACAAGAAGUCCAUCCAGCUGAAGGACCUCACAUCUGAGGAUAUACAACAGCUGCAAAACAUGCUGGGCUGUGAGCUGCAGGCUAUGCUGUGUGUUCCUGUCAUCAGCCGGGCCACUGACCAGGUGGUGGCCCUGGCCUGCGCCUUUAACAAGCCGGGAGGAGACUUGUUCACAGACCAGGAUGAACAUGUGAUCCAGCACUGCUUCUAUUACACUGGCACAGUGCUCACUAGCACUUUGGCCUUCCAGAAGGAGCAGAAGCUCAAGUGUGAGUGCCAGGCUCUUCUCCAAGUGGCAAAGAACCUCUUCACUCAUUUGGAUGAUGUCUCUGUCCUGCUACAGGAGAUCAUCACCGAGGCCAGAAACCUCAGCAAUGCCGAGAUCUGCUCCGUGUUCUUGCUGGAUCAGAACGAACUGGUGGCCAAGGUGUUCGACGGGGGCGUGGUGGACGAUGAGAGCUAUGAGAUCCGCAUCCCGGCGGACCAAGGCAUCGCGGGCCACGUGGCGACCACGGGACAGAUCCUGAACAUCCCCGACGCGUAUGCCCAUCCGCUUUUCUACCGCGGCGUGGACGACAGCACCGGUUUCCGCACGCGCAACAUCCUCUGUUUCCCGAUCAAGAAUGAGAACCAGGAGGUCAUCGGUGUGGCCGAGCUGGUGAACAAGAUCAAUGGGCCAUGGUUCAGCAAGUUCGAUGAGGACCUGGCCACAGCUUUCUCCAUCUACUGCGGCAUCAGCAUCGCCCAUUCUCUCCUAUACAAGAAGGUGAAUGAGGCUCAGUAUCGCAGCCACCUGGCAAAUGAGAUGAUGAUGUACCACAUGAAGGUCUCUGAUGAUGAAUACACCAAACUGCUCCACGAUGGGAUCCAACCUGUGGCUGCCAUUGAUUCCAACUUUGCCAACUUCACCUACACUCCUCGCUCUCUGCCUGAGGACGACACUUCCAUGGCCAUCCUGAGCAUGCUGCAGGACAUGAACUUCAUCAAUAACUACAAAAUUGACUGCCCAACUCUGGCCCGGUUCUGCUUGAUGGUGAAGAAGGGCUACCGGGAUCCACCCUACCACAACUGGAUGCAUGCCUUUUCUGUCUCCCACUUCUGUUACCUGCUGUACAAGAACCUGGAGCUCACCAACUACCUCGAGGACAUCGAGAUCUUUGCCUUGUUUAUUUCCUGCAUGUGUCACGACCUGGACCACAGAGGCACAAACAACUCCUUCCAGGUGGCCUCGAAAUCUGUGCUGGCUGCGCUCUACAGCUCAGAGGGCUCUGUCAUGGAGAGGCACCACUUUGCUCAGGCAAUCGCCAUCCUCAAUACCCACGGCUGCAACAUCUUUGACCACUUUUCCCGGAAGGACUAUCAGCGUAUGCUAGACUUGAUGAGAGACAUCAUUUUGGCCACAGACCUGGCCCACCACCUCCGAAUCUUCAAGGACCUUCAGAAGAUGGCUGAAGUGGGCUAUGACAGAACCAACAAGCAGCACCACAGGCUCCUCCUCUGCCUCCUCAUGACCUCCUGUGAUCUCUCUGACCAGACCAAGGGCUGGAAGACCACCAGAAAGAUUGCGGAACUCAUCUACAAAGAGUUCUUCUCCCAGGGAGACUUGGAAAAGGCCAUGGGCAACAGGCCAAUGGAGAUGAUGGACCGGGAGAAAGCCUACAUCCCUGAGCUGCAGAUCAGCUUCAUGGAACACAUUGCAAUGCCCAUCUACAAGCUAUUGCAAGACCUAUUCCCCAAGGCAGCUGAACUGUAUGAGCGGGUGGCCUCCAACCGUGAGCACUGGACCAAGGUGUCUCACAAGUUCACCAUCCGCGGCCUCCCAAGCAACAACUCGCUGGACUUCCUGGAUGAGGAAUACGAGGUGCCCGGUUUGGAUGGUACUGGGACUCCUGUCAAUGGCUGCUGCAGCCUCGAGGCUGAGUGAUCCCCACUGAGGACCCUCCCUUCCUGGCCCUUCUUCCAUAACCCUCCACCAGUCUGUCUGAUGCACUGGGAACCAGAGCCAUGGGUCCUGGAUCUAGGCCAGGACCUCCCCUGUGAUCUGGGCACAUGCCACCCUUCCUGGGGGAGCACAACUCCCACUCUCUCACAGACUUGACCAUUUGUUCUUCAAGAGCACAGGGGUGGCCAGUGGCAGCGGGGCCCCUACUCUGCACCUCUGACUACACCUUGCCAUGUCCUCCCCCAGUUGCUCCUUUUCUGAGCAGCUCCAUGUUUCCUUCUGUGCCCUGUUCUGGCCCCACCAAGUCAGUUUCCCCACUCCCUAGGAACCGAAGAUCUUCAUGGAAGAAGAUGGGACCUCUCCAUGAGCAGAGGGUGGGAAACAGUCACCAGCUAGAAAUAGUCAUAGGAUGAAGGGGCCCUGAGGACCACCUCUGUGCUUCUGGUAGGAGUGGGACCCUAGGAGGAAGCUGCCAGCAAGUAGCUCAGUGCUCUGGGAGAAGGGGCUCCAACGGAAGGCAGAUGGGAAUGCUGUGCAGGAAGGAUCCUGGAGCUGAGAGUCAGCCCCCUACGUGCCCACAGAUCUUCCUUCAGACUGUGUGACUAAGAUUCCUUUUAGAUAAAAAUCUCCAUAGUUCUUAAGAGUCCCAGCUGUGGCUGUGGCCCCGCCACUUUAGGGCACAGACACCCUAUCUCCUGUCCCUCUUUUCCCCCUAAGUGUACCCCCUUGGCCUGAGCCCCUCUUUCAUUCCUGCCACCAGGGAGGGGCCUGGCCUAAUCCCUGUAGGGCUUCUCUCCUCUUCAAGGCCAUAUCCACCUGUGCCCUGCUGGGCCUCUUGGGUCAGCAGCCACUGGCCUCACUUCUGUUUUGUUCUGUGUGUGUUGUGAGUGGGGGAGGGGGCCACCUGCCUUACCUACUCUGAGUUGCCUUUAGAGAGAGAUGCAUUUUUCUAGGACUCUGUGCACCUGUUGUAUGUGGUCCCGUGGGCUGACUGCUUUGUACAUGAGAAUAAAUCUAUUUCUUUCUACCAACCCUCCCCCAG